AUGGGAGCAGCUCGUCGGCUUCGCUUCGGGCUACCAGCGGUGCUCGUCUUCCUGCUGCCGUCGCUUCUGCUCUGCGCUCUAGCCGUUGCUCCCCUUGCAGUCGGCGUCCCUUUUGCCGCUGUAGAACGUGGAGGUGGUCCGGGUGGAUAUGGAGGAGAAAUUGGAGGCGGAGGCGGUGGCCCCGGUGGGGUUCAUAAUCCUCCAAUCUCUUUAAUGUACGGCAACCAAUACAUACCUACAGAACAUGGAUGUGGAUAUGGUGGUGGUACCGGCGGGGUUCACAAUCCUCCGAUCUCUGUCAUGAACGAUAACAAAUACAUGCCUAAAGGCAAGUGUAUUUUACCGGAAAAUUUAGCAACACGUAGGAAAGAAGAGCCUUUAAACCAUAUUGAAAACAUACCAAGAAACCUGGAGGUGGAUAUGAAGGAGGAACUGAAGGCGGAGGUGGUGAACACGGGGGUGGAUACCAAGGAGGAAUUGGAGACAGAGGUGGUGGUGACAACAACCAAUACAUAG